GCUGCGUCCCAAAUCACACCAGCAGCAGCAGCAGCCUGAGACACUGAGAGACUGAGAGACAGAGACAGCCUGAGGAGGACACUGUGCGGUUAGAGACACUACAGCAAAACUACAGAACAACAUCUCAUCACUCUUCUACUUACUUACUGACCUGCUUACUGAAGGCUUUACAGGGAGUUAGAGGACCGAACUGGUCUCACGAUGGGAGUUCUGGGCCUCCAGACCUACAUCAAGAACAGUGAUGUUCUGAAAAUUUAUUGCUUUAGAGACAGCAAACUCAUCAUUGAUGGAUUGAAUUUGUGCUACCGUCUUUACUUUGAGUCUAGUCUGGACCAAGUGCACGGUGGAGAUUACGAAGGAUUUGAAAAAAUAGUCACAUUGUUUUUUAGCAAUCUUAGACUGUGCAGUAUUGAGCCCUAUGUAGUGCUUGAUGGAGGAGAUGACGCCAGUGGCAAAAAAUUUGAAACCAACAUCUCAAGACGUCAAGAAAGACUCAAAAGAGCCAACGCCAUGAGCAGGGGACAUUCAGGAGAAAUUUUACCCAUUCUCACCGAAAAUGUGUUCAAGCAGAUCCUUCGAAAACUCGCAGUUCCCUUCAUUCAGUGUCUGGCAGAGGCGGAUUGGGAAGUGGCCGCAUUGGCCAACGAGUGGAACUGUCCUGUUCUGUCCAACGACAGCGAUUUUUAUAUUUACAGCCUCAAGUGUGGAUUUUUGCCCAUCACUCAUUUCCAGUGGAGGAAAGUGAGUCUGCUGAGACGCAGUCCAAAAAAUAAUUACAUCCCUACCAAGUCAUACCAUAUUCAUACUUUAUGUAAUGCUUUUAACCGCAUGAACAAGUAUCACCUUCCACUUUGUGCCACCAUCCUUGGAAACGACUACACCAAACUGGACAAGAGUGUGUUUCCAAACUUCUCAAAGUUCUCAACCAGACCUGGAGGAAGCGCUCAUAUCGAUGGCUUACUCAUUUGGCUGUCACGGUUCCCCAGCCCGAAAGAAGCCAUCACUGCUCUCCUCAGCCCCCUGGGGAGAAACAGGAAUUCAGCCAGCAUGCGAAAAGCAAUAUAUCAGGGAAUGGCAGAGUACAGCCUCAAUCCCAGCUCCAUAGCCCAGUUCUUCAUGAGUGGAGAACCACAGAUAAGGCCUCCAGGCCCUUUACAGAACCUGCCAGACUGGACUCUUAAACCUCUGGCAGAAGGGAAGCUGGAUCCCUUCAUCAUUCAAGUCCUGACACGGCAGAGCAUCAUGUUGAACAUUCAAGUGGAGGAUUUUGGUCUAAGCAGCAGCAAUGAGACGUCUCAGCUGAUUAGACAGGUGACGUACGGCGUUCUGCUGUUUACCAGGUGGCAGAAAGUCGGUAAACGCAGCACUUCUUCUGGAGAGGAACAGCAAUAUAAUGUGGAGGAAUACAACAGGCAGGGAAUGAGACUAACCAGCUCCAUGGUUCCAGCUUUUUUACCAAGCCGUGUAAUAGACCUUCAUCUGGACUCACUAUGGGAGUCACCAGAAGAUGUACGCCUACAGAUCCUGUUGGAUGCUCUGUGUGUGUCUCCGGUGUUCAAUUCACUCCUCAUUCCAGCAAAUCUGCAGCUAGCCGUGUACGUCACCGGUUUCUGGCUAAAUCAUGCACAGCCUGAGCCAACAGCCGAAAUGUUCUGGGCUUUACUCAUCAACCUGGUCUACGGACACCUGUGCAGAGAACAUCAGACUGCAACAGAGGCAGGCACUGUGAUUUUGAGGAUUAAAAACCUUCAGGAUCGCAAAGGUGAGAAGCAUUUGGACCUGGAGCUGGCUCACGCUUACUGUCAGUGGCUGUCCUGUUUAAAGUGCAGUCUCACUCUCAAUCAGCUGCUGAACCAUCCAGUGCCCAACCCGGACCUAGUGUGGUGAAGCCUUUUGUUUUGAUGAUAGACAUGGAAAAAGCCACUCAUGCUUUUAUAAGUUCCAGAUUGGAUUACUACAACAUUCUUUAGGCAUUACUGAAUCGCCUACAUCUGGUUCAGAAUGCUGCAGCGCGGCUUUUAACAGGUACGAUACCAAGAAGCGUGCACACACCGCCCGGUCCUUUUUUUUUCUCCACUGGCGGUACAGUACAGUACAGAAUUCACUACAAAAUCUUAUUAUUUGUUUUAAAAUCUCUGUUUGGUAUUGCCCAGGCUAUUUAAAUGAUCUUAUCCAUCUGUGCACCCAUGGAGGACACUGAGGACCGUUAAUCGUGUACUGCUCGAAGUGCCUAGAACAAGAUACAAAUGGUGGAGCGAUCGUGCUUUCUCAGUGGCAGCUCCUCAGCUCUGGAAUUCUCUGCCUCCUGAUCUCACUUGUGAAAGGGAAUUCUUUACCUUUGUUUUAGAGUAGAGGGUAUGGAGCUAAGGCUCCUGCUUUUUUAUGUUUAAAACAAUUGUAGUGUGUUUAAUGCUUAAAUUUAUCCUGUUUUAGUUUUAUUAUUUACUUUUAUUUACUAUUUUCUUUUAUAAUAUUACUAUACUUUAUUACUUUUAUGUUAACUUUAAUUUUAUUACUAUAAUCGGCACAUAGAUACAUGUGCUUAGAAUUAAAAGAAGUUUCAUAGAUCAUUACAGAUAAACUCUGCUUGACCUCACCCUAGGUUAUUAAACAAACUUAUAUGAUCUAAUUAAAAAAAUGUUAAAAGUCAUAGGUGUGGGUGUGUCAAAGAUAACUUGAUUGACAGCUUGAUAGAGCACAAUGCGGUGAAAAUAAGAUACAAAUGUAAUCUGUGUGUGUAUUAGAAUACAGCAGCUUUUUAACCGUUUAGAGACCUGUUUAGUUUUGCUGGUGAAGCUUAACAAGGUCAGAUUUAAUUUGUCACGUUUUUCUGUACAAAUACGAAAACAUUGAGAAUGUAUAUAAUAUGAGCAUUAAUUUGUUAGCUUGUGUUUUAAAAAUGAUAAAAAAGAGGCUGACAUUAAUGAGUGUUGUGUUCUUGCUGAACUAUGAUCCAGGUUCAACAGUGUGUGAACUCUGUGUGCGUUCCUCAGGUUAUACAACGGCCCUCUGGUACACGCCGUCGCUCACGAGCUGAUGAGGGGCGUCGAACCCGAGUCUCUCCUCGCCGGAGCCUCUUUAGCCGUAGAGCUUUACCGAAAUCUACAGGCCACAUUGGAGCGUGAGCUGGACAACG